AUGUUUAACAAGGAUCUAAAUCCAAAGUAAAAUAGUUGUUAGCUAUUAUAGUUGUGAAUUCAAGCAUUGCAGAUCUUUCUUCUAAUAGAAUUACACUGAAAUGAAGUGGAGUUCAACUCCAUUACCCUUCGAAUUUGCUUCAUUUUAAUAUAGAGAUACUGUAAAAAUAAAAGAAGGGGAUAGUCUAUAAAUCAGAGAUCUUAAAGUAUAUGACAAUUAUUUAGUCUAUGAUGAUCAGGUAUAUAUAAUGGAUUUCUUAAUUUAGGAUCAAACAUUUUGGCUUGACUAUGAAAAUAGUAUUAUAGACUAAUUGUAAGACUCAAAAGGGAUUCGCUUAGUGAAGUGUUUUGAUCAAGUUGAAUUUUAUAGUGAGUCACAUUAAUGGUUUAAGUUACUUAAAAGACAUACAAUAUAAAGUGAUUUCUAGAAAUAAUAUGUAUUGAUAAAAAAGAUUAGUAAAGGAAGAUUUACUGAAGUAAGAUAAUCCCUAAAUAACUAGGUAUAUAGAGCGAAAAAUAAUAGUGAUGGAAAUGAUUAUGCUGUAAAAAUCUUAAAAAAAUCAUCAUUUAUUGAUGAAGCAGAUUUAAUUUCAUUAUUCAAGGAAAUUAAAAUUUUGAGAAUUGUAUAGACUGAAUUUUGUGUUAAAUUCAAUGAGAUUUUUGAAAAUUCAGAUAAUAUUUAUAUAGUGAUUGAACUUCUAAUUGGAAAAGAUUUGGAUGGACAUAUAGAAAAAUGUUCAUUUUUUUCAGAGGAAAAAACAGCAAGAUUUAUAUUUAGAUUGAUUAAGACAAUAUCAUAUUUACAUUCAAAAGGAAUUAUGCAUAGAGAUAUUAAACCAGAAAAUAUUAUAUUUAGAUAAAUUGAUAACUUAGAUAGUAUAUGUUUAACUGACUUUGGAUUGGCAGAUUUCUAUCAUAGUGAUGGUCUCUAUUUAUUUAAAAGAUGUGGUACUCCAGGAUAUAUAGCACCUGAAAUCUUAAGAAAUGAACCUUAUGAUUAUAAAGUGGAUGUAUAUAGUAUAGGAGUCAUCAUGUAUUAUGUAUUAGUAGGUAAAAAUCCAUUUGAUAAUAUCAAUUCUAAAUAAAUCUUAAUAAAUAAUUAACUUGGUUAAAUCAAUUUCAAUGAUUGUAAAUUAAGUAAUACUGGAUUAUAAUUUUUGAAAUGCAUAUUGAAUGAUGAUUAAAAUGAACGAUUAUCAUCACAUGAAGCUUUAAAUCAUAUCUGGUUUCAAUUAGAAAAAGUAUCUAAAAUUAGAUAAUUUGUAUUCAAAAAAAAGUCUGAUAAGAAAAAACAUUAAUCUAGUGUGUCAUUAUAAAAAAAGAAAGAAAGAACAACUUUAAAAUAUAAUAAUCCACCUCUAAGUCCUACAGGUAAAAUCACAUUAACCUAAAUUUAUUCUCCCUAUCAUAGUCGAUAAUUGUCAUAAAAAGAUUAGUUUUCUCAAGAUCUCCAAAAUAAUUAUAUAGCUACCAAUAGAUUCAAUUAAUAUAAUAUCUCUAAUAAAAUAUAGCCUUUGUUCAUUUCUAAAUUUAAAUGA